AUCAUCGUCGACGACUUCUUCACGCGUCACACCUCACAACGCUCGUUUUGGCGGUUUCAGAUGUGUCUACGUUGAAGUUCAUAUAGAUAUAAUCACGUAACGAAGUAUCUCUCCAGAUAUUUUCAGAGAAAGUAAUUCAGAUAUAUUUAGAUACACACAGAGUGGGUGAGAAUUGAGAUUGCAGCAGGUAUGGGGAACGCAUCGUGUAUUCUUGUGGGUUGCAUAGACCAAGCAAGUGUAGGGGUUGUUGAAAAAUGGGGUCGAUUCGAGAAAUUGGCUGAGCCAGGUCUCAAUUUCUUCAACCCUUGCGCCGGUCAAUAUCUCGCCGGUGUUCUCUCCACCAGGAUCAACUCGCUUGAAGUCAAAAUCGAGACCAAAACCAAGGACAACGUGUUUGUUCAAAUAAUUUCUUCAAUUCAAUACCGAGUAGUAAAGCAAAACGCUGAUGAUGCAUUCUACGAGUUACAGAACCCUCGUGAACAAAUUCAAUCCUAUGUUUUCGAUGUUGUACGAGCUCAGGUUCCAAGGAUUACUUUAGAUCAACUCUUUGAACAGAAAGAUGAAGUUGCAAAAACCGUAUUGCAGGAACUCGAAAAGGUUAUGGGAGAAUACGGGUACAACAUAGAGCACAUACUGAUGGUGGACAUUAUACCUGAUCCUUCUGUGCGUAGAGCAAUGAAUGAAAUCAAUGCAGCACAAAGGCUUCAGCUUGCAAGUGUGUACAAGGGAGAAGCGGAUAAGAUUCUUCUAGUGAAAAAAGCAGAAGCAGAAGCUGAAGCCAAGUAUUUGGGUGGAGUUGGUGUGGCAAGACAGAGGCAGGCGAUAACUGAUGGAUUAAGAGAGAAUAUAUUGAAUUUCUCACAUAAAGUGGAAGGGGCGUCUGCAAAAGAGGUGAUGGAUCUGAUUAUGAUAACUCAGUAUUUUGACACGAUUAAAGAUCUUGGGAACUCAUCAAAGAACACCACUGUGUUUAUACCACAUGGGCCUGGACAUGUGAGAGAUAUUAGUGAUCAGAUUCGCAAUGGUCUAAUGGAAGGGAAAGCAGGGUCUAGUGGUGCCCAUCAUGACUGAUUGUACUCUGUACAGUUUUUGACAUGUACUGGAUCUUCUUUUUCCUUUUUAUGAAUUUUUCAUUACUAAAUAAAGAACGAUAGAUAUGAAGUUGCAUUUGUCCAAGGUGUGUGUUUGUGUCUUUGCUUUGAGGUGGAUUUUACUUUGUUGAUAUGGAAGUUGACAG